AUGUCUGUAAGACAAGCAGCUGAUAAGUAUGGUGUCCCCAAGAGCUCUAUUCAGAGAUGGGUAUCAUCAGCAAAAGACUCUCCUCCCAAGAAAUCCGGUGGCCAAAUUUCUCUCAGUUCUCGUGAGGAAGACCUCAUAGUAAAUAAUUUGGUAACUGCGAGUGAGUGGGGUUUUCCCUUGACUUCAAUGGAUAUUAGAGUAAUUGUCAAACAAUAUCUAGACAGGCUGGGAAAAAGAGUGAAAAAGUUUAACAACAACCUUCCAGGACAGGACUGGAUUGUGUCUUUCCUAAAAACACCCAAGCAAAUUCUGUCUGAGCGAUGUUGUAUGAAUAUCAAAAAAGUGCGUGCUGGAAUUGACCAAACAAUGAUGCAAGAAUAUUUUUCUGAACUUGAAAAAAGUUUAGAUGGCAUUUCUCCUGAAGCAAUAAUCAAUUAUGAUGAAACCAACAUUACUGACGAUCCUGGAGUUAAAAGGGUCAUUGGCCGAAGAGGAUCAAAACAUGUGUACCGUAUAAUGGACAGUUCAAAAAGUAGUAUUAGUGUCAUGUUCUGUGGCACAGCUAGUGGUGAGCUGCUUUUACCUUAUGUAGUUUAUGGUGAAUCGCAUGUGUAUGAUACUUGGAGGCAGGGUGGCUCGAAAGGUGCACUUUAUGGAUGUUCAAAAACUUCCUCGUUUAAUGAAAUUAUAUUUUCAGAUUGGUUCGAAGGAAUCAUACUUCCAUAUGUGAAAAAGCUGCCCAAAGAAGUGCCGAAGGCUGUAACAGGAGAUAACUUGUCCAGUCAUAUCUCCAUAAAUGUUUUACAGAAGUGCAGGGAGCAUAACAUUAAAUUUAUAUUACUGCCACCCAAUUCAACACAUCUGUGCCAACCUCUCGACGUGGCUUACUUCCGUCCACUGAAGGCUGAGUGGUGCAAAGUUUUAGAAGAAUGGAAGCUGAAGAAUCGGGGUCCUAUUAUGAAGGACAAAUUUCCUGCAGCACUGAAGAAGACGCUUAACAUUAUGAAUUACAAUAACCAAACAAGACACAACAUAAAAGCCAGAUUCAAGAAAACUGGAAUUUUUCCAUUCGAUUCACAACAGGUCUUGAAACUCAUUCCCAAAACUACUGAAAAUGAAGGUGACUCUCAAACACUGGACAAUAAAUUUCGUACAUUUUUGCAUGAAUUGUUCAGAAAGUAG